AUGCCCCCUGACAAGGAACAGCCUCACAUUGUCUUCGUCGUCUGGUCUUUCCUUCUCAACUUUGUAAUCUUUAACCCCCAGCCAGUCAGCAUAGAGCGAUCCCUCUCGUCUGGUCCCAUGCCCCAGCGCAGCCCAUUCUCCACCUUGACCACCAUACGGAUCAGGUUGCGGUCGUACAUGCCUUCUAGGUCGUGCUUUGGGCAGCAGAUCUUGGUCGCCUUGAUGAACGGCGGCGCCUCCUUGGUGGUGCCGUUGAAAAAUGUAGGGCAGUUGUUGAAGCCGAACCCCGGCCAGCAUGGCUGCACGAUGGCCAUCCACUGGCACUUGCACGAUGGGUCUUUGAACAUUGCUGCUUGA